AUGGGGGUCCCUAAAUUUUAUAGAUGGAUCUCUGAAAGGUAUCCGUGUCUUAGCGAAGUGGUCAAGGAGUUUCAGCUUCCAGAGUUUGACAACCUAUACCUUGAUAUGAAUGGAAUCAUUCAUGUCUGCUCACAUCCUGACGAUGAAAAUCCACAUUUCCGUAUCACAGAAGAAAAAAUCUUCAAGGACAUCUGUCAUUAUAUCGAUUUUCUGUUCCGGAUGAUCAAACCCAGAAAAGUGUUCUACAUGGCUGUCGAUGGUGUUGCCCCUCGGGCAAAGAUGAACCAACAAAGAGGGCGAAGGUUCAGAUCUGCAAGAGAAGCUGAGGUGCUCAUCAAGAAGGCUGAGGAGAAGGGUGAAGUGCUGCCAACAGAGAAGAGAUUUGAUUCCAACUGUAUCACUCCAGGAACACCUUUCAUGGUUCGCCUGCAGGAGCACCUCAAGUACUUUGUGGUGGACAAAAUCUCCCAUGACCCUCAGUGGCAGGGACCACAGGUGUAUCUCUCUGGACAUGAGACACCAGGAGAAGGGGAACACAAGGUCAUGGAUUUUAUUCGCUACUCCAAAAGUCAGGCAGACUAUGACCCUGACACAAGACAUUGCCUGUAUGGUCUUGAUGCCGAUUUGAUAAUGUUGGGGCUUACGAGUCAUGAUCCUCACUUUUCACUGCUGCGAGAAGAGGUCAGGUUUGGAGGCAAAAGAGAUAAAAACAAAAGACCUCCCACACCAGAAGAAACAACAUUUCACCUGCUUCAUCUGUCCCUGAUGAGAGACUAUCUGGCGUAUGAGUUCUCAGAUGUCAAGGACAAAUUGCCUUUCCCCUGGGAUCUGGAGAAAAUCAUAGACGACUGGAUAUUAAUGGGGUUUCUUGUAGGCAACGACUUCAUCCCUCACCUGCCUCAUUUGCAUAUCCAUCAUGAUGCUCUGCCGCUGCUGUGGAAGACGUACAAGAAUGUUCUUCCUACUCUGGACGGAUACAUCAAUGAAAGUGGGCACCUGAACCUGCCAAGAUUUGAGAAAUACUUUGAGGAGCUGUCCAAGUUUGAUGUGGAGACCUUUGAAAGUGGGUUCAGUGACCUGAAAUUUCUUGAAAGUAAACUGGGCGGGAAGAGUAUCAAUGAAAGUCUAGGCAAUGACAGGCCAAAGGACAGGUUUAGAAAACUGGAGAAGUUCAAGGUAGAGAAAAAUGGUGUUCCCUUCAAAGCUUUGGAGGAUGACAGUGCUGCCAACAACG